GAAGAGCAGCAUGGCUGGGGUGUGGUGGGGGCUCCCCGUGGGAGUGGUGUGCUUCUGGCUGCUGUACUACCCCUUUGCUCUGGGAGCCCUGGGGGAUCCUAGGGGGCUGGUCUGUGGCCAGAGAAGCCUGCAGUUCAUGCUGCCUCCUGGCCAAGCUGGGGUGGGGUCCCUGGCACUGACUGCUUGGGAUACGGCUGGGAGGCUGCAUACUCUGCAGAAUGACUCCAGCUGUGGGGUCUGGGUCUCCUGGGCUGCAGAUGGCUCCAGGAUAGUGGGUGCCUCCUAUGCUGGCUGUUUUGUCUCUGAAUGGGAUGGUGGUUACCUGAUGGUUGUUGGCAUUGAGGGGAUGGCUGCUGGUGGGCACAGGGCCCUGAGUGAGGAGAAGGUGCUCAGGUGUCCCAGGAGCCUGCCAGCCCUGGAUGCUCCAAGCCCCAGUGUCUGCACUGCCAUCCAGAGCCAGGACAGGCUGCCCUGUGCCUCCCCACCCAUCACCCAGGGAGAAUGUGAAGAACAAGGCUGUUGCUACAACCCCAGUGAUAGGGUGAAGCCUUGUUACUAUGGCAAUACAGUGACAGUGCAGUGCACUCCAGACGGCCAGUUCUCCCUCGCAGUCUCUCGGGCUGUGACGCUGCCUCCCCUGAUCCUGGACUCGGUGCAUCUGGCCAGUGGGCGCGGAGCUGGCUGUGUCCCUGUGGGGCAGAACAACGCCUUUGUCGUGUUCCGGUUCCCACUCUCUGCCUGUGGCACCACUUUCCAGAUGGCUGGAGACCAGGGUGUGUAUGAGAAUGAGCUGGUGGCAGACCGGGAUGUGAGAACCUGGAGUCUGGGCUCCAUCACCCGGGACAGCACUUUCAGGUUACAUGUCCGCUGCAGCUACUCCAUCAAUGGGAACUUCCUCCCCUUGAGUGUCCAGGUCUUCACCCUGCCCCCGCCCCCUGCUGUGUCCCAGCCUGGCCCCCUGAUGCUGGAGCUACGCAUUGCCACAGAGCAGAAUUAUGGCUCCUACUAUGCAGAUCGAGAUUACCCUGUGGUGAAGGUUCUGCGGGACCCCAUCUAUGUGGAGGUCCGGAUCCUGCAGAGAACUGACCGAGAUCUGGUUCUGGUCCUGAACCACUGCUGGGCCACCCCAAGCACCAACCCUCAGCAGCAGCCGCAGUGGCCUAUCCUGGUGGAUGGGUGCCCGUAUGCAGGAGAUAACUACCGUACCCAGUUGGUGCCUGUGGGAGCCGCCUCGGGGCUGCAGUUCCCAUCUCACCACCAGCGCUUUAUCGUCAGCACCUUCACCUUCGUGGAGUCUGCCUCCCAGCGAGCACUCACAGGGCCGGUGUACCUGCACUGCAGUGCCUCCGUGUGCCUGCCCUCCAGGCUGGAGUCCUGCACCAUCUCCUGCCCUGCUGGAGCCAGGGGUAGAAGGAGCUCUGAGCAUCACCCAGAGACUGGCCUUUCCUCCAUCACCAGCAGGGGGCCUGUGUUUCUUCUCCAGGAUGGUAUAGAAAAUGAUGCUGUGCAGAGCUUUCGACUGCCUGUGACUGCUGGAGCACCCGGGGUGCUAGCUGUUGCUGGUGUAGCACUUGCAGGAGCCCUGUUCAUGAUACUUGUCUCCGCAAUGUAGUGAGUAGGAAGAAAUGCAGCCUGAAAUUACAUUGCAAUAAACACUUCAGACAUAUCUGGUCUCUCUGGUCAGCUGGGAGACAGCUGCUACUGGGGUGGGGCAAGCAAGGUCUAGUACUUGACUGAAUUGAGAUCCCAAUGUGUAGCCUUUGACAGGGCGAGUGUGGUUUAUGUAUGGGUUUUUUUCCCCUCCUUCCUGGUACCUGAAAUUUCCCUCUCGAUGCACAUUAGAAUGGUCUCCAGUCUGGUGCAUGACCAAGGCCACUAUUAGCACCCAACUACACAAAGUGGUGGAACACCUGCUGCCUUGUCAGGCUUCACCUGGCUGUAGCCUUCUGCCUCUGGACUAAUGAUGCCUGCCUUGAUAAUGUACUUAGCAUACAAGCAGGGGCAUCUGUACCCUCUUGUGUGUGGGCAUAGGCUCCCUUUGCUUUGGGCUUUAAAAACAAAACACCACUUUCUGCCCCAGAAACUCUUCAAUUGACAGGAUCUGUCUCCACUAAAAAACCAAAACCUUCAGUUCUUCCCCUCCUGCUACAAGGGACACUGCUUCAGUUACAGUGCCCUCAGAUUGCUAUUGUAUGGCAGCCUGACAGGCCUUGUGGGAGCCCUGGGGAACUGUGAAGAGUCAGUCAACUAGCAGUAACCUUUCCCAGGCCUUCUCUCAGCAGACGCCAGUAUUAACCUUCAGCUUUCUCCUGGCAGGGUGACAGGCAGUGGUGUGUGUCUAGCAGUGGUGGUGGUUGUACAAUUACUGCACCACAAGAGCAUGAAGCUCAAGAGGUGGAGUGCUACACUCGCAUUUGGACUACCAACAGCCUAGUGGGACUAAGGUCACCCCAUGCCCUAAAAUGAGUAACAGUUGCUGCAGAAUGAGGAAUACUUCUCUCUGGGGACAGCUUGCUGUGACCUUUCAGCCCCAGGCCAUCAGCCAAAUGAGUUCUCCUCCCUGCCUCAAAGGAGUGGCAUAUUACUUGCAAACACUUCCUGAGCAGUUAAUGACCAGUUAGACUUUCAACAGGAGUACUGGCUGUCUUACAGCUGCUGAGCUCUUACAGCUCAGCAGGGCCUAGGGCCAAAGAUGGCACCCUCUCUGUGGGGUUCUCAAGAACUGUAAGAGAAGAUGAAGAAAUAGAUCAGUGAAGAUAAUCAGGCUAAGCCUAAAAUUGGAUUACUUAAGUUGCAGUUUCAGUAGUCCAGACUCUGUGGGUAUAAGCCACAAAGCUCCCCUGGAGUUGUAAGAACAUCAGAAGAGUCUGGCUCUACCACUUAACUGGAGUUAGUAGGAUACAGCAGAUCUCAAAGCAGUGAGGGCAAAACAGGAAUCUAGAUCAAGGGAAACUUCAGUUUCCCUAUCAGAGGGAAAACUGCAGGAGAAUUUAAGAAGAAAUGCGUUUUAAAAAUAAGAGCACCUACAUCCUGCUAUUAUAGAAAACUGUCAAACUGCAUAUUGGUGUGCUCUCUGGGCCUAUGUGCUGACAGAAAGGCAAUGAGAACGCUCUUCCCUGCUAAACACAAGAUGGCUUCCUUCUUCCAUAUAGGAGGACGAUACUAUGUUAAUGACUGUAAAAUGUAUGCAGCUUAAAGGGAAAAGAUUCCCCAGAACUGUCAAGCUAUGGGAAAUUGGCUAAAUAGCUGAUGUGUGGUAGGUUUUUGUUAUUGUUUUAAAACCAACUCUUUCCUUUGAAAGACACUUACGCUUCAGCUCUACUUGUAUUUUGC